AUGAAUAACUUCAUUGAAUGUACUACUCCAUAUAAUGACAAGUUCUAUCAACCAAUUAUCAGUGAGGGGUAUCGAGGAUUAGAUAAAUUGAUUAUACCGAAAGAUUUCCAAGCUAAGAAUCAAGAAAUUGUCAUUGAUGAUGUGGUUCAACAUCAAGAAUUACAAGAUAUUAUAGAUAGUUUUGAUAGUCCUAUCAAAGUAUCAAUUGGAUAUGGAUCAGGAGUAUUUCCUCAAACGGGAUAUAAUGAACAAGACCAACAACAACAGCAACAACAAUCACCAUCAGGGGAAGAAAAACAAAUUGAUUUCAUUAAUAUUGUUCAAGAUAAUCAACAAUUUCAUCGUCAAAACUUGAAACAAUUCCGAGACCAUUAUUCAUUUAAGAAUUUAUCAUUAAUUAAAUUGAUUCAAGGUAAAGAUGGGAUAUAUUUCAAUCCAUUUAUACGAUUAAACCAUCAUUUAAUAAAAUAUGGAAUCAUCUCAUAUCGAUCAUCUCAAUUAGAUCUUAUUGAAUGGUCAUCAUUAUAUUUUGCAGGAAGAUUACAAAAACCAAUAAAUUAUAUUAAAUUUGAUAAAGUUGAUUCUGAAUCUGAAUUAAUGAUUAAAUUUUUAAAUCAAUAUAAUCUUAAAAAUGCCAUGACAAUUGGGAUUUUAUUAAUUCAAAAUCAACAAUUUAAUGAGAUUGAAUUAUAUGAACAAAUUACUCGAAUUAGUUAUUUGGGAGAUUUCCGAAUGUAUAUUGGAGGGGAAAAUCCUAAUAAAGUUAAAAAUAUAGUUGAAAAACAAUUACCCUAUUUUAAAAUCUUAUAUGAACCAAUAUUACAAUAUUUUAUUCAUAAGAAUUAUUUAAUUAUAAUUGAAAAUGAUAAUCAUAAAAGAAUAUUUAAAAAGAAUUUAAAUAUUAAUAAUAAAAUUAAUUUAAUAAGUACUUUACCAUUAAAUUUUAGAAUUAAAUUAUAUCAAAUGUAUCAAGAUAAAUCAUUAAGAGAAAUUGUUAAAGAUAAAGAUUUAAAUCAAAAAAUUAUUAAAUUAAUUAAACGAGUUAUUCAAUUAAGUUCAAUAAAGCAAGCUAUAAUGGGUAUUUUUAGUGCUGGAAUUAUAAAAUCAAUUAAAUAUGCCUUUGCCAAGCAAGUUAAAUUUUGGAGGGCUAAAUAA